UCUCAAGACGAUCGAGAUACUCGGAGAUUUCAGCUGAAGAUUGCUGAGCUCAGUGCAGUCGUCAGGAAGCUGGAAGAUAGAAACUCUCUACUGUCUGAAGAACGGAAUGAAUUGCUGAAGCGUCUGAGAGAAACGGAGAGUCAGUUUCUUCCUCUUCUGGAUAAAAACAAACGUCUGAGCAGGAAAAAUGAAGAACUUGCUCUUGCCCUGCGUCGUGUUGAUAACAAACUUCGCUUUGUGACCCAGGAGAACAUGGAGAUGACAACUCUGAGGAGGCCCAGUUCACUGAAUGACUUGGACAAAAGCCACUCAACAAGUUACCAUGGCUAUAACCAGGAUGAGCGAGAGAUGGAGUUUCUACGCUUACAGGUGGUGGAGCAGCAACAUAUCAUUGAUGACCUCUCCAAGGCUUUGGAGACGGCAGGUUAUGUAAAGAAUGUCAUUGAGCGAGACUUGUUACAAAGAUACAGACGUCAGGAACAGAUGAGGAGGAGGAGAACCUUCAAAGCUUGCAGGGUCAUAGAGACAUUUUAUGGCUAUGAUGAAGAGACGUCAAUAGAUUCUGAUGGAUCAUCUUUGUCGUUCCAUACCGACAGAACUCCGGAUACUGAACCCGAUGAGACUUGUGUACGGGAAGAGGCAGAGCUUCGUUACCGUCAGCUUACUCAGGAGUAUCAGGCUCUACAGCGAGCAUACGCUCUGUUGGCUGAGACGUGUGGCGGAAACUACGAUGCUGAGAAAGAGAUCAAGACCAGAGAGCAGCUGCUAAAUGAAAUCAGUCGAUAUCAGAGCAGAGUGGCCGAUCUGGAGUCAGCACUGCAACAUCAAGGAUUGGAUGUGAAGUGGGUGGAAGAGAAGCAGGCUCUCUAUCAGAGGAACCGAGACCUAGUGGAGAAGGUAAAGGAGAUGGAAACCGAAGAGCUGCGACUGAAAAAUGACAUUCAGGAUAUCAGAGACCAAAAUGAGCUACUGGAGUUCAGGAUGCUAGAGCUGGAGGAGAGGGAGCGUCGCUCACCUGGCAUCAGCUUCAAACAACUGCACUUCCCAGAAGGUCUCAGUCCUCUUCAGAUCUAUUGUGAGGCUGAAGGAGUCACAGACAUUGUCAUCAGUGAGUUGUUGAAGAAGUUGGACAUUCUGGGGGAUAACGCCGUAAGUAAUCUGUCCAAUGAGGAACAGGUGUCAGUGAUCCAUGCCAGGACAGUGCUCACUCUAGCUGAAAAGUGGUUAGAGUCCAUUGAAGUGACAAAGACGGCUCUGCAGCAGAAGAUGUUGGACAUCGAGAAUGAGAAGGAUCACUUCAGAAAACAGAAAGGUUACCUGGAUGAAGAGCUGGACUUCAGGAAGCACUCCAUGGAUCAGGCCCAUAAGAGGAUCUUGGAGCUGGAAGCCAUGUUGUUUGAGGUUUUGCAGCAAGAGGAUAUUUCCAGGACCCCAGGACUAAUAAAGGGAGAUGGUCGAUUGUCUGACAUGUUAACAGAAGAAGAGAAAGAGGAGCUGAGGAGAGCCAUGGAUCAGUGGAAACGAUGUGUGAUGUGUGAGCUGAGAGAAAGAGAUGCCCAGAUCCUUCGAGAAAGGAUGGAACUGCUACAGCUCACACAACAGAGGAACAAGGAGCUCGAGGAAUGUAUAGAGGGACAGAAAAGACAGAUCAAAGAACUAGAGGAGAAGUUUCUGUUUUUAUUUCUAUUCUUUUCUUUGGCCUUCAUCCUCUGGUCCUGAAUACAUCAGACACCACGAGCUGAACACUCAGCAAUGCGGGCUCAGUCUGCACCCAAACCAGGUCAUUGUAGGAUUUUCCAUGUCUGAAAUCAGCAGUAACAAAGCACAACUCCAGUCUUCUUGCUGUCAGCUGACCACUGCUUUGUUACGGUCAGUUUCAGUACUGCCUCUCAGAGGAGGAGUGGUUUCUGUGGUAACAAAGGAAAGCUUUGUUCAGGCUGCCUGUUCUUAGAGGAAGAUGGCUCACAUUCAGCCAAAACAGUUCAGUUUCUGAGAAAUGCAAAGUUUUGUUGACACCUGAAACCUUUCAGUCGUCAGUGGAGGAUCACCUGUGGGAGUGUUGAAUGAAGGAAAUCACAAAGGACAUCAGGGCGCCUUAACGGUUUGGCUCUGGAAUUACUAAGGGAGUAAUUAUACCAGCUGCGUUUGUCUCGGAACCAAACCCUGACACCAGAAACAUCAUAAUCACAUCAAGAAGUCUGCGGAGGAAAGAAACCGAAACAGAAUGAUGAGCAAUCUGGAAGUCCAACCACAUCGUGAUUCAGACACAAACAUGCUGGUUUCUAAGAGAUGAUUGAUGCCUGGAAACUUUCCAGAAAUGUAUGUGUGUACAUGACAUGCCUACAUUUCCAAACAUGGAGAUAGAAGUGACAGCAGCAUGUCUCCUUUAGGUCUGGAAGGAAAAACCAGUCCCAGACAGGAAAGUUAAACUUCAUUUUUUCAUCAGGUGCUGGAGGUGGAGCCAACCUUCUGUGUUUCUAAGCAGAUCUGACUUUAAGUGGAAACUUUUAAAAUCUAAAGAGUGUUUACUUCGUGUAAAAAAAAAUGUUCAUAGUUUUAUUUCCAAAAGUGAUGAUAGAGUUUAACUGGUUUAAUAAAAAAAUAUAAAAUUUUUAUUCUGCUACUGGGGAUAAAUAUGUACCUUAAGUAUAAACACUUAAAUGCAAAGACUAUUGAAUAUUUUUUACUUUAAGUCACUUUUUACAUUUUUUAUUAAAGUGACCCUUCAGAUCAGCUUUAAUUUUAAAAUGAGCACUGCAAUUUGUUGUCAUCAUCAGUCAAAGUGUGGAAAGAGCACAAACUCUUUGUGGAUUAUUGCCAUCAUCAGUUCUGGCUUAUUGAUCCUGGGUGUGAGCAUUUAUUAUCGCAGAUUCUAUUUUUCUAGCCCUGCUGUAAGUCUGUGAAAAUUUGAGAUCAUCACUAAGAUUAAAAUGUUGGACACGAGA